AUGGCUGCCGACAAGCUGGCUCGUGUGAAGGAUGCGCUGAAAUCUUUUCCCGACUUUCCUAAACCAGGCAUUUUGUUCAGAGACAUUUUCCCCUUAUUCCGAGACCCUUCAGUGUUCAAUGACCUUAUCGACCUUCUGUAUGAUACCAUAAAAGAAUCAUCGCCUGGAGUGCAGUGCAUUGUGGGUCUAGAAUCCAGAGGGUUUCUGUUCGGGCCACUUUUGGCUCAGAAGCUUGGUGUUCCAUUUGUGCCCAUUCGCAAAAAAGGAAAGUUGCCCGGAGACUUGGUGUCUGUGACCUAUGACCUGGAAUACGGCUCUGACACAUUUGAGGCACAGAAAGGGUCAAUUUUGAGUGGACAGAAAGUUGUGAUUAUAGAUGACUUGCUGGCAACUGGGGGGACUAUGAAAGCUGCCUGUGAUCUGGUGGAACAGCUAGGAGCUAAAGUCGAUCUCUGUUUAGUUGUUAUUGAACUAGCAGAUCUUGAGGGGCGCAAGAAAAUUCCCAAGCCCCUCAAAACUCUCAUAACCUUCUAA